AUGCGGGCAGCUUGGAAGAAAGCCGACGAGUAUUUUGCAAAGCUAGACUUGACGCCCACUUACUACGCUGCUAUAGUACUCCAUCCCUACUACAAAAUGUACCGCGAUAAGUUGUGGGAGCAGGGUAAAGCUAAGUGGCUCGAUACUAACAAGGACAGCUUUCGCGCCUUGUGGGCUUUAUAUAAUACUACCUCGUCUACGGCACGGAGGCCAAAGGUCUACUCGAACGAUAUCGACGACGUUAUUGAUAGCAUUAUUGAUCCCUCGACUACUCGCGACGACGAUAUAAGUAACGACAAGUUUGAGCGAUGGAAGUAG